GCUCUCCGUUGGCCCUAGCUAGGAAGCCGGUGGCGGCGGCGCUGUUGAGCUGCAAGAGAGUUGAGAGUGUUCCGGAGCUCACUUGCUUCAUUGAUGAAUGCCGAAGCUAUAGAAGUCCCUGCUCGUUCCGAGGUUCGAUGCCCCGGUCGCCCGGAUGGCAUUGUCAACCCCGGUGGUAGCCGGCAUUGCGGCCGGCGCCGCCGCGUUGCUGCUGGCGGCCGUCCUGGUCGCGGCGUGGUUCGUCAGGCGGCGGCUCAGGGCGCGGCGUGACCGGAGCUCCGACACUGGCUCGUCCGAGGCUCCUCCCACGCUGGCGGAGUGGGGCCGGUUCGGCCGGACCUCGUCGGCGCCGGAGUUCCACGGCGCCAGGCAGUUCUCGCUGGAGGAGGUGGCGCACGCCACCAAGAACUUCGCCGAGGCCAACCUGGUGGGUGCCGGGAGCUUCGGGCUGGUGUACAAGGGCCUGCUUCUCGACGGCACCGUCGUCGCCAUCAAGCGCCGCGCCGGCGCGCCGCGGCAGGACUUCGCCGAUGAGGUCAGGAGGUUAUCAGAGAUCUGGCACCGCAAUGUCGUGACGCUGAUCGGCUACUGCCAGGAAGGGGGUCUACAGAUGCUGGUGUUCGAGUACCUGCCCAACGGCAGUGUGAGCGGCCAUUUGUACGACACCGGCAAGGAGCCCAUGACAAGGCUGGAGUUCAAGCAGAGGCUCUCCAUAGCCAUUGGAGCAGCUAAAGGUCUGAAUCACCUGCACACCCUGGCACCUCCGUUGAUCCACAGGGAUUUCAAGACGAGCAACGUCCUGGUCGACGAGAACUUCAUCGCGAAGGUGUCUGACGCCGGAAUCGACAGGCUGCUGCGAGGGUUUGAAGGCGCCGCUCCGCCGAAUGUCAGCGUCUACCAAGAUACAGAGUUACAUUCAUUGGCCCAACUUUCUGAAAGCAGCGACGUAUACAGCUUUGGGGUUUUUCUUCUGGAGCUGAUCACUGGCAGGGAAGCUGCCGGCUUAAUUCCACCAGAAUCCAAGGAACCUCUUGCUCAUUGGAUGGAGGCACAUUUCAGCUCGAACGAGCUGAUCGACCCCAGGCUGGGAGGGAGCUUCACAUCGGAGGGCAUGACGGAGCUGGUGGGCCUGGCAUUCCAGUGCCUGAGCCCCUCGGCGAGGCGUCGGCCCAGGAUGCGGCUGGUGGCGGCGGAGCUGGACCGGAUCCUGGAGAAGGAGAUGACCCUGACCACCGUCAUGGGCGACGGCACUGCCAUCGUCACGCUCGGCAGCCAGCUCUUCACGUCCUGAUCAGGACAGCAUCAGCAUUCAUCAAUCCAAGCGGAGCCAGGCGGUACAGACAGCACCGCGGAGGCGAGGGAGACAAGCUUUUGAAUGACGCGUACAUCUCGCCGCUCGGCUCCGGCACCGGGCGCG